AGACUAACCACAAAGAUUAGAGUACCAAAAAAUGCAGGGGUUAACAUUCUUUUCUGGCAGCAAAGCCGGCUUUUAAUUAGUGUCCUUAGUGGGAAAUUAUAAGAACACUAACCAUAUAGUUAAGGUGGAUAGUUUUCAUGUGGAUGAACUUUGAUGGGGUUAGUUAGGAAUCUUGAUAUGAGAAGUGGAGAUUCUUUAGAAGGAUUGUUGAGUGAGAAAACUAAGAUGAGACAACAAAAGGGUGGUUCUUCAAGGGUUGUUACUUUGUUAACUUGUUUACAGUUCAUGUUUGCUGUUUAUGCUACAUUUCUUCUGUAUUACAUGAGCCCCUCUAUAGAUUUAAGGUCUAAACCAGAUUUCAGUUGGACUACAAGAAUUGCUCACCAAUGGAAGCAAUUCAUAAUCCCUCCUCAUGUCGUUACUCGUUAUAAUCAGGAAGCUAAUUCAGUUGUUAGAGCUGAAAGUACUCAAUCAAGUAGUCCUUCUGAAGUUUGUGAGCAUGAGAAGAUUGAUUUUGUACAGAAGAAGUCGAACGAUGCUGUCAUGAUCAAGUUGAAGACAGAACUUUAUCAAGAAGUGCUAGAUUUUCAAAGCAAGUCCUUUGGUGCUGAGACUCUAUCUCAACUGAUGGCGAUGAAGUCCAAAUGGGAUUUGCGCGGUCCAAACAGGCCAAAAAUCACAGUGAUUUUGAAUCAUUUCAAGAGGAAAACACUUUGUGCUCAGCUUGACUCUUUGCUUGGCCAGACCCUCCCAUUUCAUCAUGUUUGGGUACUCUCAUUUGGAAGUCCAAAUGAAAACUCCCUCAAGAGAAUUGUGCAUAGAUAUAAUGACUCAAGAAUAAGCUUUAUCAGUUCAAGCUAUGAUUUCAAGUACUAUGGAAGGUUCCAAUUGGCCUUACAAACAGAAGCUGAUCUUGUAUAUAUCGUCGAUGAUGACAUGAUCCCGGGGAAAAAGAUGCUGCAAAUGUUAGCACAUGUUGCAGGAACAGACAAGUACAAGAAUUCUGUUUUGGGAAGCAUUGGUAGGAUUUUGCCUUUCAGACAGAAGGAUUCUAGUUUUCCGAGCUACAGGAAGUUUCGAUCCAAGGAAGCAGGCCUUUACUUGCCUGAUCCUGCCUAUAACAUCACAGUGAACAAAAUUGUUCAGGUGGAUUUCCUCUCUAGUUCUUGGUUUAUGUCUGCUGAACUUGUCAAGACACUCUUUAUCGAGACACCGUUCACUUUCAUGACAGGGGAAGACUUGCACUUAAGCUAUCAGCUUCAGAAGUAUAGAAAUGCUGCUUCAUUUGUGCUACCAGUUGAUACAAAAGAUAAGGACACUUGGGGUGACAGUGAGCAUAGGCUUGCCUAUGUAUCCGAAACAACUGUAAUUUUCAAGGACGUUGUUCAAGUCCGGGAUGAUCAGUGGUGGAGGGCGCUUUCUACUGGUUACGUGACACAAUGGGCUGCGAUGUAUCCACAAAAAAUCGAUGUGCUUUUCUAUGCCCACUCUGUCGAUGAAGUUAAAGCUCUUGAGCCUCUUCUGCUAAAGUUCAGUUCAACUGUUGGAAAGAAGGCCUAUAUCGUUGUCUCAGGAGGCAACUUUUGCCCUUGUAAAGAUGCUGCAGCAGCUUUGAAGUGGCCUAAGACAGUAUGCAAGGAAAAAAGAUUCAAGAUUAUGGAUCUAGGAGUUGGUGCUUUAUCAGGAAAUUCAAAUUCAGAAGUGCCUGUUGUUCAAGCAGUAUAUGCUAGCAUGAAAGGACUAAUCAAGAUUCACAAUCCUAGCUUGGUAAUCACAGUAGCCGAUACAGACUCUAACGUGAAGAAAGCUCUGAAGAUGGCUACUGAAGCUAACACAAAUAGUUCAACACUCGUUCUUCUUCCAAAAUCAUCGGUGUCAAAGGUUCUUUGGAUGGCUGAUAUUCGUUCAACAGCAUUGCCAAAUUGGAACCGUAUGAAGAUUUAUGUGAAUAUCAUCACACAAACCAGAGCUAAUUCACUUGCAAGGCUUCUCAAGUCUCUAAGUGAUGCAUACUACAUUGGUGAAGAAGUUCCUAUAACUUUCAACAUGGAUAGCAAGGUGGAUGAGGCAACUCUAAAGCUUGUCAACUCAUUCAAUUGGCCUCAUGGACCCAAAAUUCUUCGAAGGAGAAUCAUUCAAGGAGGCCUAAUUCGAGCAGUUAGUGAGAGUUGGUACCCCUCAUCGGACGAUGAUUUUGGUCUCUUACUUGAAGAUGACAUUGAAGUUUCCCCAUACUAUUACCUUUGGAUCAAAUAUGCUCUCUUAUCCUAUCACUAUGACCCUGAAAUAUCCCUCCCUGAGCUCUCCUCGAUCUCUCUUUACACUCCACGGUUAGUGGAAGUUGUAAAAGAAAGGCCUAAAUGGAAUGCAACAGAUUUCUUCAAACACAUCCAUCCAAACACACCUUAUCUCCAUCAGUUACCUUGCAGUUGGGGUGCAGUUUUUUUCCCAAAGCAAUGGCGGGAAUUCUACGUUUACAUGAACAUGAGAUUCACAGAAGACGCGAAGCAGAACCCCGUUCAAAUCCCAAGAUCAAGAACCAAUGGUUGGCAAGCAUCUUGGAAGAAGUUCUUGAUAGACAUGAUGUACUUAAGAGGAUACGUUACACUUUAUCCGAAUUUCCCAAAUCAAACAAGCUUUUCGACUAAUCAUAUGGAACCAGGAGCACAUAUUGCAGCUAAAGAAAAUGUGAUCAAACAUAACAAGGCUGAUUUUGAGGUGCCAUUGCUAAAACAAGACUUUAAAAACUUUCUGCCUAAUGGGAAAAUGCCUGCAGCUUCAAGAUUGCCUUCAUUAAACCUCUUUAAUCAGCCUGUUUCUCUAAAAGGCUUAAAGGCAGCUGGUGCAAAACUGGGACAGGAUAUUCUUAAAUGCAAUCAAACAGAGAUAGUAACUGUUAACCAUGAGACAGGUGUACCUUCACAUUGUACAAGAUUCUAAAAAAUUCAUAAAUUUUUUUUCUUUCAUUGAUAAAAGGUUUAUUUGAUAAGUUUUUUCCUUAUUGUUACACAUUUAAGGAAGGACUAAGAGUUGUAUAG